CAUAAUCCAACUAUAAAAACUGCAUUCGGACCACAACAGUCCUUGGCUACUGCCCUUAAUCCUUUACUUACCCUUUCUCCUUUCCUCAAGGAUAACAUUCCCUCUUCAACCCCAUGGAUUUCAUGCAAACCCAUCUCAGCGUCAAUCCCAGCUCUCCCUGUUUCCCACUUCACUCCACAGAGAGGACUGCUUGCACCAUCUGUUUCCUUCAAUCCUUCAGGAAAUUUUGACCUCUCCUUUUAUGGUGAUGCGGAUGAUUCCACUCAAGUAGAGCCUCCAAUGCCUCCAAGUGAAGGUCGAAUUGAAGUGAUUAUUGAUAAUGAUGUUAUAAGCCGGCUUGAUUUGUCCCCAUUUCAGAAUGCUACAGGAAUCACUUCACCUUUAUCUGCUGAACCAAAAGAGUAUCUGGAAAAGACAAUAGGGUUUACAAUUAAUUAUAGGAUGAGAGAUACAUGGGAUAUUCUUUGUAGUUCGAAACGAUUUCCAGUUGCCAUUGUUAACUUCAACUUGAAUAGCUUGGGCAAGUGUUCAACGGUUUACCCCAUCUGGUUUGUGGCGUGGGCUCGGAAGAUGUUGAUCAUGUUUUUCGCAAGUGUUCAACGGUUUACCCCAUCUGGUUUUCUUUGA